AUGAGGUUCACACCCACCGAUCGCCCAAAGAAGCCUCUUGUGGAAGACGCUGCAAAAAAGAUCCACGUCAAAUUCGACAAUGACGACGAGGUGCCAAAAGUCGAGAAUAAGAAGCGAUCCAACAGCAGCGAUCAAGCGAUCGAUCACCAGCACAAGAAGCAAAGGACCAACAAAGGCAAUAACACUGGCAACACUGGUGGGCGCAAAGCUGUACAAAUAACGACUCCUGGAACGUCUUCACCCAAACCAAAUACUAAUAACAAGAGGUCGCCUGGCAAAGGAACACAAAAAAAGAAGACAAUGUCACUGGAGGAUGUGCGUGCCAUUCGUGAAAAGAAGCGUUUAAGACGUCGAGCACAAAAACAGAUUGGUGAUGUCAAAGUGCAUGUGCCAUCAUUGAAGCUCAACACUGAAAAGAUCGACGACAAGUUGAAGGUGGAUGAUAUUCGCAAUUUCCUCAUUUAUGCAUUGGCCGAAACGACAGCUCCAGGUUUUGCUACAAUGAUCAAUCGUGGAUCCCUUGAGCAUGCUGUGCUCUUAUACGUGCCUGGUUUGGAUGCAUCUCAUUUCGGCCUGCCUCGACUUGACAAUUAUGCCAACUAUUCGCCAAAAUCCACUCCGCAUCUCAUUGAUAUCAAGUCAUCUGAUCCAAGGCUCCUUGGCCGAAUGACCAUGCCUUACUUUUCGUCGGUCUUUUCUCAUGCAUUGAUCAGCGCUCUACCCGUAAAGCGUAACAAGGUCGGCUUGGAAUUCAUGGAGGCCUUGCAAUGCCCUGUCAGUAAUAAGGAAAAUGCGCGUCGUCAAGAACAACGCAACCAACUCAUGGAAAAAUAUAAGGGUCGAAUGGAAGAGUUUUAUGUACUUACCCUGGAUGAAUUGCAAAAGUCCCGUUACCCUAUUCCAACCUGCUUGGAUCCCUCUAGCAAGUUACCCGAUGAUGAAUGGAAAGAGACUCGCCCUGCAGCCACACCUUCUGACAGGAAACGAUUAAUGGCUCUUGAUUGUGAAAUGGUCAAAACAAAGACUGGAAAAGCACUCGCCCGUGUGACAUUGGUCGAUGAAAAUGGUGAAAGCUUGAUGGAUCAAUUUGUCAGACCGGAGGAGAAGAUUGUGGAUUACCUUACCGAGUACAGUGGUAUCACGCCCGAGAUUAUGCAAGAGACCACAUGUUCGCUUCGACGAGCCCAAAAGUAUGUUCGACGAUUGGUGGAUCACAAUGUUAUUCUUGUUGGACACAGUAUGGAAAACGAUUUGCAAGCCCUCAAGAUUGCCCAUCCUUAUUGUGUGGAUACGGCUCUUCUCUACGACAGUUUCAGGGGACCCCCUCACAAGCCCGCUCUACGUUAUUUGUCGUCUCGAUUCUUGAAGCGAAAGAUUCAGCAUCAUGGAAAAGUGGGUCACGAUUCCGGUGAAGAUGCUCGUGCAGCUAUGGAUCUUUUCAAGCUUAAAGUGGAACAUGGUCCCAAGUACGGCAAAUCAGCUACGGAUAUGGAAUUGAUAUUCAAUCGAUUGGAUCAGGCUACGAAUAAGAAGCGAUCGAGCGUAUUGCUUGAACGCAAUACCGUUCCAACUUAUAGCUUGAGCAACAUGUAUCCUGCCACCUAUCAAUGCUGUACAACAGAUGAAGAAUUGGUUCAACGGACGAUCGAAGCAAGCAAAAAACACAACCUUGUCGUAUCACAAUUCCGUACACUGAAACCUACGGUGCAUUUGGAGGAACAACUUGUGCCAACCAUUCUUUCCUUUGAGUCCUCUUCCAAGAAUAGCGAAGCCGCAACAAGGAUGGAGUUGUUUGAUCGCUACUUUAGAGAAAUGUACGAAGGUUUUCCUGAAGGUACACUGAUCUUUGUCAUGGGCGGUUAUGGUGGUAUUGAUGAUGACUUUCCAAAGUUAUAUGAAAAGUUCAAACGUACUCGUGUUUUCAAUGAUGAAAGGCUGUGGGCUGAUCAAGACAAGCAGAACUUUUAUAAAUUGCUACACAAGGCACGCUUGGGCGUCAACUUUUGCACCUUGAAAGAAUAUAAAUAG